UUUAUUUACUUUAAUUAUUUUAGAUUUUAUUUUAUUCAUUAUUUUAUUUUAUAGUUAUUUUUAUAAUAAUUGAUACUUAAUUUUAUGUUGUGUGUUUUUGGUAGGAAGAAAAAUAUUCGCAAGCACUACGAGCCCAAUAGCAAAGCAGACUAGCAAAUAUAAAAAAAAGGGGAAGAAGAUAAAGGCACGUGAGUUAGCAACAUUAAACAAUAAGAAAGCAAAGAUAAGAAAGCAGCAACAAAUAAAGUAAAGAAAGGAGCGUGAAAACCAAAGAUACCCCAAAAUCUUAUUAAGGUUCAUCUUCAACAAUAUCAUCCGAAAUUCAAGCAAAUAGAAGAUGAAUUUCCAUCUUAAAUUUUAUCUUUCCAACCUAGAAAAUCAUGGGAGGCCGUUGUUUUUGGCUAUAAAAACCCCAAAACAAUCAUCUCAGAGGACACACAACUUAGCCAAUAAUUAUACAAAGAGUACGAGAGUUCGAUUGAGUCCGUAAUUGGGCAAUUGGUGAAGAGAAGAUAGCCAUUGGAGGGCAGCUUAGUCUCGAAUCCAAGGUAGAACAAGAACGAAGGUGAAUCGCGGGGUCGAAGCCGGGUUUAUUCGGGUGUUCUUCAGAGUGUAUGUACGCGUACGAUAAAGAAGCUAGACUUCAGCGCAUUAAAGCAUACGUAGGCUUCCUAAACGAGGCUGAACUAGAGAAGCUGCUUCACAUUUUCAGUGCUGAACCGGAACUUGAAAUAGAAGAUCCAUUACCGAUUGAAUACAAGAACAUGGCAGAACGAACACUGAAGGAAUUGGGAGCACCGAGAACAAGAGAAGACCCUCUGUGCAUUGUCUUUCCAGAGCUAGAGAAUCCUCUAAAGCUGAAUUCAGGUUUCCUUAAUCUUCUCCCUAAAUUCUAUGGGAACGCAGGUGAGAAUCCUUAUAGACACUUAAAAGAAUUUAAGGUUGUAUGUUCUUCCAUGAAUCCAGAAGGCGUAGAACAAGAACAUAUUAGAUUGCAUGCUUUUCCUUUUUCUUUGCAAGAUCCUGCCAAAGAGUGGCUAUAUGAGCAACUUUCACCUAGUUCUAUUAAUUCUUGGGCAGAAAUGGAAAAAGUUUUUCUUGAAAGAUUCUUUCCUGCGAGUCGUAUUGGUUCUAUUAGGAAGGAAAUUUGUGGAAUUAGACAAAAUAAUAACGAAUCUUUAUAUGAGUAUUGGCAACGUUUUAACAGACUUUGUUCAUCUUGUCCCCAACACCAAAUAAGUGAGCAAUUGUUAAUUCAAUAUUUUUAUGAGGGGUUGUUACCUAAUGAGAGAGGUAUGAUAGAUGCAUCAAGUGGGGGGGGGGCAUUAGUAGAUAAAACUCCAACGGAAGCUAGAAAGUUAAUUUCUAAUAUGGCUCAAAAUACUCAACAAUUUGGCAGUAGAAAUGAUGUUAAAAGAGUUAAUGAUGUGGACUUAAGUGGAAUUAAAAAUCAAUUACAAGAAAAUGCUCAACAAAUUGCUGCUUUAACCACCUUAGUGUCUAAAAUUGUUCCUGGUAAUGAGUCUACAACUAGAGUAUGUGGUGUUUGUUCUGGUUUUUCUCAUGCUACUGAUGAAUGUCCUACUUUACAAAGUGAAGAUGUUAAUGCCUUAGGAGGUUUUCCUGGUCAAUCUCAAAGGAAAUAUGACCCUUUUUCUAAUACUUAUAAUGAAGGUUGGAAAGAUCACCCUAACCUUAGGUAUGGACCUAGACCACCAUUUUCUCAUUCUAAUCAAACUAGGCCAUUUGUUCAACAAAAUUCACAACAACAAUCUGGUUCAUCAUUAGAGGAUUUAGUGAAACAAUUGACUACCCAAAUUGGACAAGUUCAUAGUCAAGGUGUUCAAUAUCAAAAGAAAACUGACACUCACCUACAUCACAUAGAUACUCAAAUAGGUCAAAUUAGCACUUCCCUUAGUAAUUUGGAAUCUCAGCUUUCGAAUAGGCUCCCUUCUCAAACACUUGCCAAUCCAAAUGAACAUGCUAAAGCUGUAACACUUAGAAGCGGUAAAGAGUUAAAGGAACCUAAAAUAAAGAAUAGAGAAAUAGAGAAAGAGGUAGAAGUCAGACCUAAGGAUGAUGUAGCUAGUCAGAGUAAGGAAAAACAUGAUACAGAAAGUGAGAAAGAACUGGAAAAGAAGGGUAAUUUUGAUGUGAGUUAUGAUGUUUCUCGUUUUAAAGAUAUUCCCCCUUUUCCUUCUCGAUUUGCUAAAGCUAAGAAGGAGGCCCUUGACAAUGAAAUACUUGAAACAUUUAGGAAGGUUGAAGUGAAUAUCCCUCUUCUUGAUGCUAUUAAACAGAUACCUAAGUAUGCUAAGUUUCUAAAAGAACUUUGUACUAACAAAAGGAACUUCAAGCCUCGUGAAAAGGUAAGAAUGGGUGAGAACGUAUCUGCUGUAAUUCAAAAGAAACUUCCUCCAAAAUGCAAAGAUCCUGGCAUGUUUUCUAUCCCAUGUAAAAUUGGUAACACUAAAUUUGAAAGAUGCAUGUUAGACUUAGGUGCUUCAAUUAAUGUCAUGCCUAAAUCUGUAUAUGAUACUUUGAAUGUGGGUCCUUUGUCUAAAACUAAUGUUGUUAUCCAAUUAGCUGAUAGAUCUAAUGCAUUUCCUAUGGGAGUUUUGGAAGAUGUACUUGUUCAAGUGAAUGAACUAGUUUUUCCCGCUGAUUUUUAUGUGCUUGAUAUGGGUAAUAGAUCUGAUAGUGUUCCUUUAUUGUUGGGUCGUCCUUUUCUAAAGACUUCCAAAACUAAAAUUGAUGUUCAUGAAGGUAAUUUGACAAUGGAAUUUGAUGGCGAAAUGAUUAAAUUCAACAUAUUUGAUGCUAUGAAAUACCCUAAUGAUAUCAGUAAUGUUAGUUCUAUAGAUUCAUUUGAUGCAUGUGACUGGAUGGCUCAGUAUGUCUUUGAUGAGUGGUGUAAAAAUCUAUUUGAAAAUGGUGUGUUUGGUGAUUUUAAGGAAACAAAAAUGGUUGAUUCUUUUGUAGUUUCAUCUGAUGUGAUUGAACCUGAUGCUUGUGAUGGAUGUGAAAAAUCUUUACCUUCUAUUGUGCCUAAAUUGAUCCCUUCUACUGUUAAGCCACAUGAAUUAGAAUUGAAGCCCCUUCCUUCUAAUUUGAAGUAUGCUUAUUUGGGUGAUAAUGAGACUCUACCUGUGAUCAUUUCAAGUUCUUUAAAUGAAUCUCAAGAGACUAAGUUAUUGAAUUUGCUUAAAAAUCACAAGGAAGCCUUAGGAUGGACUUUAGCUGACAUAAAAGGCAUUAGUCCCGCCAUGUGCAUGCAUAAAAUUUUUCUUGAAAAAGAUGCUAAACCAACUAGAGAGGCUCAACGUAGAUUAAAUCCUUCAAUGAUGGAAGUAGUUAAAAAGGAAAUUCUAAAAUGUUUAGAUGCAGGAUUGAUAUAUCCUAUUUCCGAUUCUCAAUGGGUAAGUCCUAUACAUGUGGUACCUAAAAAGAGUGGAAUAACAGUUGUCGAAAAUAAUAAAGGAGAAUUUGUCCCCACUAGAGUUUUUAAUGGAUGGAGAGUUUGUAUUGACUAUAGGAAGCUUAAUCAAGCUACUAGAAAAGACCAUUUUCCUCUGCCAUUUAUUGAUCAGAUGUUAGAAAAACUUGCUGGACAAUCUUUCUUCUGUUUUCUGGAUGGUUAUUCAGGUUACAUACAAGUACCCAUUGCCCCUGAAGAUCAAGAUAAAACCACUUUUACCUGUCCUUUUGGUACAUUUGCUUUUAGAAGAAUGCCUUUUGGUUUAUGUAAUGCUCCAGGAACUUUUCAGAGAUGUAUGAUGAGCAUAUUUUCUGAUUUAAUCGAACAUGAUAUGGAAGUUUUUAUGGAUGACUUUACUGUUUUUGGUGAUUCAUUUGAUAGAUGUCUUCAUGCUUUAACUCGUGUUCUGAAGAGAUGUGUUGAAACUAAUCUUGUUUUGAAUUUUGAAAAGUGUCAUUUCAUGGUUGAACGAGGCGUGGUUCUUGGUCAUAUUGUAAGCGCUAACGGUUUAGAGGUAGACAAAGCUAAAAUUGAGGUGAUAAGUUCUCUGCCUUAUCCUAAAUGUGUUCGCGAAGUUAGAUCAUUUUUAGGACAUGCUGGUUUUUAUAGGCGUUUUAUAAAGAAUUUUUCAUAAAUUGCUUCACCUUUAUG